CCUCAAACGCCCCUCCUCCACAACCACAACUUGAGCCCACAACUAUUCCUCUUCCUCACAAAUCAUGGCUUUCCGCAGCACUGCGGAAGAAAUGGAACGACUCCAACUCUCCGAAGAAGACACAGACGACCUCUGGGACUCUCCCUCGAAGCGGGGCAGUAGGAAAGUGAAUCGAACACCCGUUAAAGAAGAGAGCACCACGCCCCCGCCCAUUCACUCUCAUGAUGGUGAAACGCUGUUCGACCGCCAAGAAGCGCGCGAGGCAGCCUUGCGGAACGAGUUACAGAGUGUCCGGAACAUCAAUCAGGUGAUUGAAGGCCUCCUGAGCAGCCUUGAUCGGGCAAAGGGUAAUAUGGAUACUGUUUCGCGUACUGUUAGCUCCGCAUCAACAUUACUAAACACUUGGACGCGAAUUCUAUCUCAGACAGAGCAUAACCAGCGGUUGAUCCUCAAUCCAAACUGGCAAGGUGCUGUUCAAGAUGUCGCCGACUUGGAGAAUGAAGAGCGCCUCAAGCAACAAGCCGCGGAAAGACGUGAACGAGAGUUACAGGAACAGAGGGAGGCAGCGGCUCGGAGAGCCGAAGAAGAAGAGAAGAGAAGAACGCAAGCCGCUACUCGAGGCACACGUGGCAGGGUCCGCAGCAGCGGUCUGGGAAGAACACCAAGUGUCUCCUACUCGAGAACCAAUUCGAGUGCAGCAAAGACCACAUCAACAGCGACAAGAGGAUCUACAACCACAACUACACGGAGACCGGUCAGCGGCAUUGCCCGAGGCCCUAGCGUUACGCGCGGUCGAGGUAGAACUUAAAAAGCUUUGCAUAAUUGACAACGGGACGCGUUCAUGUACAUUACGAGAUUUAAAUGAGGUAAAAGUGUGCAAUAUGAUACCCAGGGGCAUAGAACGGUAUAAAAC